AUGAAGGGUGGCGGCAUCGAGAACUCGGCGUUUGAGCCACCGAGCCCCGACCUGGGCCGUCAGCGCCGGGCGAGCCCUGCCGGGGCAGGUGCCGGCGACCCUGCGCGGGAGGAGGGUCCCUGCGGGUGGGGCCGCUGCGCCCCGAAGGCUCUGCAGCUCUGCAACAACCCCGAAGGCUACCUAGCUGCCUAUAGCCUCCUGGCUAUCUUUCAAGGUAUUGUGGUAAAUGGCCUGAUUAAUGUUAGUAUUUCAACAAUUGAGAAGCGUUACGAGUUGAACAGUUCCCUCACUGGCUUAAUCUCUGCAAGCUAUGACAUUGCUUUUUGUAUAUUGUCACUGUUUGUAUCUUUCUUUGGAGAAAGAGGACACAAACCACGAUGGCUUGCUUUCUCAGCCUUUAUGAUAGGAUUGGGCUCACUUACUUUUUCCUUACCACACUUUGGCAGUGGAAAAUACCACUAUGGAACUAAAAUUGAAGACACAUGUCAAGUUUCAGGAACAACCUCUGCUAACUUCACUUGCAGUACCAGCACAAAGUCUUCACUUCCAAACUAUCUGUAUAUCUUUAUCCUGGGACAGCUGAUGCUGGGAAUUGGAGGAACUCCACUGUAUACUUUGGGUACAGCUUUUAUUGAUGAUUGUGUCCCAAAACACAAGUCUUCUCUUUAUAUAGGAAUUGGCUAUGCCAUGUCACUGUUGGGCCCUGCUAUUGGCUAUGUCUUAGGAGGCCAGCUACUUAAUAUCUAUAUAGAUAUCCAGAUCCCAGGAAGUGCAAAGAUGAGUCAAGAUGACCCACGCUGGCUUGGAGCAUGGUGGAUAGCGUUUCUUGCAUGCUUUUUUGCAGUUUGGCUCCUUAUAAUACCUUUUUCUUGCUUUCCAAAACACCUACCAGGAACAGCAAAAAUACAGGCUGAAAAAAUCUCUGAAACACAUAAUGAUGGAAGUGAGGCACUUGUUGAGGCCAAGAAUAUUGGAAAAAGUUUUAAAGACUUUCCUGUGGCUCUACUGAUUCUGUUGAAGAAUCCAGUCCUUAUGACCCUAAUACUAGCAAGUUCUUCAGAAGCUUUAGUUGCCACUGGCUUUACCACAUUUCUACCAAAGUUUAUAGAAAAUCAGUUUGGAAAGACAUCAAGUUUUUCAGCAACUCUUGGAGGGCUCGUGUUAAUUCCAGCAGCAGCACUAGGCCAAAUCAUAAGUGGCCUCUUGAUUUCCAAGUGCAAAAUGGAUUGCAGAAGCAUAAUCAAGUUCAUGAUAGGCACUUAUUCAGUGGCCCUACUAUUAAACACAGUGUUCUUAUUUGCUAAGUGUGGGAAUGAACCUCUUGCAGGUGUCUCUGAAACAUAUAACGGGACAGGUACACUACAUAACUUGACUGCACCAUGCAAUGCUGACUGCAGAUGUUUGCGAUCUAUGUACUACCCGGUUUGUGGAAGAGAUGAAGUUGAAUACUUUUCUCCCUGUUUUGCAGGAUGUGCAUCACAUUUUUUUAACAACAUGAAAAAGACGUACCACAACUGCUCCUGUAUUGGGAAACCAAAAAGAGAAAGUGGUUCAGAGGAUUUUCUUUAUGAAGCUGUCCCUGGGAAAUGCCCAACACAAUGCAAAUUAUUACCUUUAUUUCUGACCUUCUUCUUUUUUGCUGUCAUUUUUACAUAUAUGGCUGUUACUCCAACAACUGUGGCCAUUCUCAGAUGUGUGUCAGAUAAACAACGUGCAUUUGCUCUUGGAGUACAGUCUUUGUUUCUACGACUAUUGGGUACUAUUCCUGGUCCAAUUUUGUUUGGUUUGGCUAUAGACAACAGUUGUACUCUCUGGGAUAUUAAUGAAUGUCAGAUUAAAGGAGCCUGUUGGGUUUAUGACAAUGAAAGAAUGGCAUAUCUGCUGAUGGGCAUAAGUGCUGUUUGCAAAAUCAUCACUGUUAUUGCUGUGGUCAUGGCAAUAUGGUUGUAUAAGCCUCCACCAGCACGUUCAACCCCGUCAGGAGAGAAUUCAGGAACGGUAUCUGCUAUACACACAUAAAUCAUGGCGAACUGGGGGCUUUUGUAAGAAGCCAAUAAGAAUAAGCACUGCUCCAACACUUGUACCAAAGUUCUUGUGUGCCAUUAUGUAAAUAUAAAAGAUCAUAUCCAGUUCUUGAACAAUUGAAAAUACUUAUUAAUGUUUAGCAUUCUCUAACUUGCUUUUUUUUUGUAUUCCACUGUGUAUACAAAAAAGGGACACCUAAAUUUGCAGUCUCAUUUUAAAUGCGUAAUUUAUAACUUAAGUGAAAAAAGAUGGAAUACUCUGAUUAAAAAAACCAAAGAAGAUAAAUGAGCUCAGCUGGGCUGACUGUGAUCCCCAUUUGCCCCUGGUUAUGCAGUAAUACCUAAGUGAGACUGUAGUGAGAGAAAAUAUAACUUGGUAUAUUAAAGGGAACUGUGGAUGUUUAAAAUCAGUUUAUUUUACUGUGAACAUACUAUGUGCUAGUGCCUUAGCUGGGGUUUUAGACUGUAGAUACACCUGGGAAUGUGCAAGUAUAGACAUAUUUUAAAAAUAUUUUUACAUGUUACCUUUACAGUGUAAGUUCACUUCUUAUUUGUAGAAAAAUAUAAAUAGUUGUUAAA